AGGAGGGGAUACGAAAGUCAGCGACCUUGGACUCGGCGGUAAUCAUCCCAUGAACUGGAGCUUGUCUGCUUCCCGGGUAUGUUUGCAUGCCCCAACAACAAACAAUUCGUGGCCUUGACCUAGAGCAGACGGCAACAAACACCUGGAAGCGAGCAAGGCGCCACCUGACGGGUUGACGUGGUGGACUUCACAUGUCGGUCAUGCUUGUACAGCAUACGUGUCUUGCGCUGAACAAUCCGGCAAAUGCGGUCGUACGCAUAAGGGACCUCCACGGUUUCACAAGAUCGACAAGACUGUCAGCCCGCAGGAGAAUAGGAACGGGAGUCCAUGGAAGGCCGGACAGCUUCGAGCAGUCAAACGUGACGUGCGCGACUUCUAAGAGAUACGGCGAGUAGUUGUCAUUCUCAAUGCCAUGGGCGCGCGCGUUUCACGCCCAUGCCGUCCUCAAUUCUGAGCCCGCCUCAAGCAAUACCCGGAUAAAGGUACCUGGCCUGCCACGGACAAAUUUGCGGCUCUGCAACGCUCGGCAAUAGCGGAGGAGGUUCAAAACAACGGUAAUGGCAAAGGAGAGGUCAGGCGAACAACGGGUGCAGUGAGGCAGCGAGCACGAAAGAAGGGUCUGCACAUGAUCAGGCGCGAAGCAAUCCACACGCGUCGAGGCGGCGGAAAUCGACCCCGCGCCGCGCCACACGGUGGCUCAAGCUAAACUCCGAGGUCCUGUCAGAUUUGUCAGAUGUCAAUCAUGGCGUCAGACACAAUCCAGAAGGGCAAUUCUUCACAAGCGCAAGGUAACCAGAUCGCCUCUUUCCGUCCACCCAACUCCACCACACAAUCCGACGCAGAGACAGUCUGCAGUAUAUGUUGUCGUCAAACUGAAGCUCCUCCACUACAUUCUCCUCGUCGUCUUCUCCUACGCGUCCAUGUCCUUUCUGACCAAGCUGUUCCGCCCCUUCAGCACAAUGUCCAACGGCCCCGCCACACCCAUGACCGCGCCCGCAGGCGCACACACCGCCACCGUCGCCGCGGGCUGUUUCUGGGGCGUCGAGCACAUGUACCGCAAGCAGUUCGGCAAGGCGGGCUUGUACGAUGCGCGCGUGGGAUACAUUGGCGGCGACAGUGAGAACCCAGGUUACCGCGCCGUAUGCUCAGGGCGCACGGGGCACGCCGAAGCGCUCCAGGUGAUUUACGACCCCGAGAAGGUGACGUACCGCACACUCCUCGAAUUCUUCUACAAGAUGCACGACCCGACGACUGCGAACCAACAAGGCCCGGACCGCGGCAGCCAGUACCGCAGCGCGAUAUUCUACCACAACGCCGACCAAGAGAAGGAGGCGCGCGAGAUCACAAAGAAGGUCAACGAGCAGUGGUGGAAAGGCGGCGUGGUGACGGAAAUCCUCCCCGCAGGACAGUGGUGGGACGCAGAGCAAUACCAUCAGCUAUACCUCGACAACAACCCAGGCGGGUAUGAGUGUCCGAGCCAUUUCUUGAGGAGCUUCCCACCGCUGGCGGAUUAGACUGCUACAAUCCGGGUGUCAAGUACAAUAGUAAAAUGAAAGCGUCAUUGCAAAAUUCU